CAUGCCAACGAUCUUUUAUGGAACAUGGCGACAAGAACACCGUUGUGUGAUCAUCGUCAAAAGUUAGUACUCACAGACGGUGGGGUGCGUUGCUCGGCCGAUGAGUGGCUAAAAGCUCACUGUGUCAAUCAGCUGGAGGUUCUUCAGAGCCUUCAAGAAGAAUAUGCCACUCUUUGGGAACAAUAUGAACAACUGCAUGACAAAUCCAGGGAAAUCAUUGCUACUUUGCAGGAAGAGCGAGAUCAAAAGAUUGCCGAAUGUGAGAAUCUCUCAUUGCAAAUCCUAAAAGUGCGACAUAGAGGUAUUGAGGAUGUUGACAAAAAUAAUACUGAGCCAUAUCUGAGUGAAUUGGAGACCGUGCGAGGGGAGUACAACAAAUUAGUUUGCAGUUAUUCUCGUCUGAAGUUGGAGUAUGAGGCAGUUUUGGCUGGUCACCAAUGUCAAUUAGAAGACAUGAAGAAAGAGCAAGACCUUGAGGUGUCAUCAUUGUUGGAGAAAUUUAAGUUGACUCAACAUCAAAAUGACACUGUUUACAAUGUUCACCACAUCAGAAGACUGCAGAAACUUAACUCUGAGUUCGAACAGAAGGUUGAAGUUGUUACCCAUGAGCUGGAGAAGACACAGUCUGAGCACAUGGCUAAAAUGUUUGAGAAAGAACAGGUCAUUCUUGAACAAUCAGAGUGUCUUCGAAAUGCCCAAUCCCAGAUAAGAGCUCUAGAGGUAAAGUGCUCUACCUUGUCACGAAGUUUAGAAUCCGCCCAAGAUGAAUUAACACAGUGUUUAGAAAAGCAGACAACUCUUCAAGCAGCAGUUGAACAGGCUCGUAGAGAGAACAUCCGCAUUGUAGAGGGAAUUGAGGAGGAAAAAGCAAAGCAAAAGGUCCAUAUUAGCAGUGUGGAGCUAAAAUUGUCUGAGGAGUAUCAAAAGUUGAAAGAAAGUUACGAUGCCAUGUUGAAUGAGAAGAAGGAGUAUGACACACAACUGGAGCUGUUGAACGAAACGAUAAAGGAAUACGAAACUUUGAAUGCAAACAAGGAGGUCGAAUUAGAUACUCAACUACAGGCUCUGAGACAGAGUGAGUGGCAGAAAAGAGUUGUUCUGGAGAGGGAGAACACUGUACUACAGGAGAAACUGGCUGCCCAUGAGAGAGAAAUGAGGGCACUGGAAGAAAAGAGCAAAUCUCAGCAAACAACACUUCAAGAUCAUGUACAAGAACUCUCAACGAAAUGUAUGGCGCUAGAGGCUGAGGCUGCAUCAUUAAAAGCAGAACAGCAACAUCAGAAUGAAAAACAGACAGAAAUGGAAUUGCAGAUACUGAUGGAAAAGAAUUAUAAGAAGAAACACCAAUGUCUCCAGUCUCAAUACAAACGGUUGCUUGAAACAAAACAGCAACUGGAGAAUGAUUGUGCUAAGUUACAAUCUACUGUGUGUGCCUUGGAGCUAACCGUGUCGGACGCUAACAAGGAGGUAGCUCAUCUUGCAGAAAUUCAUCAGCAGACACUUGAUAUUGAAAGGCAAAAUCUGCAAGAUGAGAAUGCAGAGUUGCUCCGUCGUCUAAAUGAGGAAGAAUUGCAGGUGAAGCAACUUUUAAAUGCCUUAGAAGAUGAGAAGAAACACUCCAAGAAGGUAUGCAGACAUUACAAAAAGAAGAUGAUGCACCUCAAUGAAUCCAUGGAACUAGCAAGAGCCAAGCAGGUGAAAGUGGAAGAAGAAAAAGAAUCGAUUAGGAAAUCUCUGACUCUUGACACAGCAAAGUUGAAGAAUCAGAUCUAUAAGUUAAAACGAAGAGAGAGUGAAUUUAAUAUUCUGUUGCAAGGCGGCUACCGCUGCUCCGGUGGAGAUGUUCCAGGAUAUUCUAUGUCCAAGCAGGGGAAUGGAGUUCUGUCAUUUGCUGAUGAAGAUAGUCCACCUGUCAUUGCACAGCCACCUUCUAGCUAGCGUUAUUAGUCUUUGGAAAAUUUAGGGGAGGCAAUCACAAACAACUUUGUAACAACCUUUAUAAUAAUGAUUUUACAAACAAAAAGAAGUCUGCGAGCUGUGCAUGAUUUUCCUUUACACGAUCGCCUGUAUAUGCAUCCAGCUCUGUCUUCAUUCAUGUAUAUAGCUGCAUACUAAUUGUAAUAGGCUCUGAGAAAACAACCCUUAUUGCACAAGU